ACCAGUGGAGCGAAGGCUUUCUCCGACCAUGCCGGGGCCCCAACCGACAGGGCCAUCGCUGACAAUGAGUCUGGCCUAUUUGAACUACAAAAGUCUCAACGCACUGAGCUCCCGGCGAUGCAGCAGCUUUUGGAUGCGAACAUCCGAAUUAUUGAAUUGAGCGAGUCUCUUGGGGUGAAAAGCUACAUCUUCUGCCCCUGCAUGGUCUAUGGAAAGGGUGAAGGAUUCGGCAACCAGGUCUCAAUUCAAACCGUUGCCAUUGUCAGCACCGCAAAAGCAACAGGACGAGUACGCGACCUCAACAAAUCCGACGAAGCGGCCUGGCCAGUGUGCCAUGUGGUCGAUAAUGCGUUGUUGUACAUUGCCAUCCUCAGAACCAUCCUUUCGUCCGGGGAUUGCGGCCACGGCCGAAAUGGAUUCUAUCUCGCGUCCAGCGGCCGAGUUGCCUGGAAAGAUGUCUAUGCAUCCAUUAGUACUGCACUCUCAAAACGAGGCCUCAUAGAAGCUAGCGGGGUGUAUCCAGCGGAUGAUGACUUCCUUGCUAGGAUGGCUGAGGCGCUCAACUCGCCAAAGGAAAUGGUGGCGCCUCAGCUGAGUGGGGAAUGCACAUUUGCAGCAAAGUAUGGCUAUGAGAUUGGUUGGAGGCCUUCGUUUCAGCCGGAGCAUAUUCUAGAGGCCAUGGACGAUGAGGUUGAUCUCAUCCUUGCAAGUAAUUCAGAUAAAUCCGAGAGGACACAGAAGAAGGGUGCUUUCUGA